AUGACCAGGUAUUGUCGAAAGAGAGAGAAGAAAUACAGAGCGUUAGCGCGACCGGACUGCAAGUGGGCUGAUCCAGCGACUGCACUUCGCGAUGCUGGGCAAAAGGAGUUGACUAUGUUUGUCCGUUGGUGCCUGCGGUUGCAGCUGGGCAAAAAUGGUCGAAAGCUCAAGGGUAUCAAGAAAUUCAAGGCUCUGGAUACGGACUGGAAAUCGUUUCUCCGAUACUAUGAAAAGCUCAUGGAAGAGCCAAUGGACGAUGUGCUCGGUCGGCGAAUGAGAAAGGUUGGGAUGAGAACUUGCCUCUCUUUGAAAUGGAUUGCUAACCAUAUUUGGCCCCAGAGUAUUCGAAAAGUUGCAAGGAAGCAUGGUUUAGAUACAGAUGAGAAAGAAAAGACUCCGAUGUAUAUCGAAGAUGUGGUGCCCCUGCAGGAGACAACCCUGCGCACCAUGGAGAAACGUUUUGAUCUUGGUCUUCAGCGCAUGCAGCAAUGUCUCUACCCUUUAAUGGCCUGCUUUACGGUGAAUCGGAUCAAUGCGAUGCGUCGUCUUCAGUACCAACAUCUACAGUGUUCGAUCCAACGGGAUCCUCAUGGUGGACCCCCCCGAAUCCUUCUGGAGAUCAAGUAUAAAUUUGCCAAGAAAUACCUGGGUGUGACGCAAGCAAACACCUUCCCCCUCCCCGAGAUUAUCUAUGAUCCAUCGUUGAUGCUGAGCCCUCAUACGUUCCUUCUUGGGAUUCUCUUUCAUGAUGAUGCAUUUCGGGCUCCGGGAAUAAAGUCCAUGGGGGACCUCCGACGCCUGUGGGUGGAAGAUGGCCGCCAGCAGAUGGAAGUCCCAUUGAAACGGGACAAGGCUAAACACUACGUAUUCUGCAAAGUCAAGAGCGUCCGCGGCAAGAUUCAGAUACAUCGCGAUCAGCCCAUUCCCACAAAUACCCUAUCCCGACAGCUCAAGGUCUUCGGCGAGAUCGCCGGCUUUAAGUGGUCGUUGUUCACGCAUCGGUUCCGGUACGGUGGCGGCACUAUUCUGAAUGAAAGCGGUCUUGUCAGCGAUGCCCAACAGAACUUGAUCAUGAAGCACGCGGAUAUCCGAACAUUCCUGAACCAUUACCUUCCUCGGCACAUCGGCACUGAUAUGCAGGCGUUGAUGAGAGGACUCAAGCCAGAUUCGGACAUGAUGAGGGCUGUCACCCGGAUGGGACGAUGGAUUGACCGACGUCGGCCCCGAGAGCUCACUGAUGCGCAGAAGGCCACCGUGGAGCACGAUCCAGAGCUGCAGAAAGCCAUUCGGAAGCGGGAUGCGUUCUCCAAAAAACUUCAGCGCAGUCAGAAAAAGAGUGGCCGGAAGCUCGAUAAGCUUGACAAGCUGAAACGGAAUGUCACGAAUACACGGAAUCGACUCUUGUAUGCGCUCCGCCAACGUGUGCGAGAGGAAUUUGACGAGGAGCAGGCGGUCCUUGAUAUUGAGCGGCAACUGGCGGGCACUGCAAUUCUAGACGAAGAGGCGAAGGAGCAGCUCCAAACUGAAGAGCAACUCCUUCCUCAGCAGAUUCACCUGCUAGGUAAACUCAUGACUUGGCCCACCUCCUUGUCGGUGGAAAUCGAGUGGCAGCGGCGAAAUGAGGCUACCGAAGCCGUUCGACUCUAUUGUGAUGUUCUGGAAGGUGGCCCGCGACGAGGUCGACGGCCGAAGCGGAUUGUUCCGAUUCAAGACACCCGGAUGCCUAGCCCCCCCGGAGAAGUUAUGGCGCCGGCCCAACCCCCUCUUCUUGCCCCGUCGCCCUCACGGCAUGAAAUUGCCUUGCAGGAGGCUGGCAAAGACAUCCAAACUGCCGCGAAGCCCCGAGCAUGCUUUCAAUGCUAUGGAAACCCCGCGGGAUUUGACAAUCGGCGUCUUAUGCAGUACUCCCGCCAUAAAGGUCUGUUGCGACACUUCCGAGCCGUGCAUCUCGACGAUCGUCACUGUAACUACUGCAACGAGUCGGUGGACAACGAGAUGUAUUGGCGAAGGCACACCGUAGACAAGCAUCGCUUGAAUGUCAGAUACCUUGGGGACUACCCUCACGAUCUUUGA